UCCAGGACACCGAGGGAGAGGAGGGUGGAUAUCAAGCGGCGCCCACCCCCCGGAGCACUAUUUUCGUCUCUGAUUGGCUCAGCUGGGUGCCAGUCGCUACUCCACCCGCUGCUGAUAGGCCAUCCAAGCGCCACUCUGCGCGGCGCCGGCCCCGCCCCCGUCGGGUGUUUGUGGUGGGGCUGCGGAGUCGCCGAUCCCGCCGGAAGCGCCAGGACAAUGGGGACUCGGGACGACGAGUACGACUACCUAUUCAAAGUGGUGCUCAUCGGGGACUCGGGCGUGGGCAAGAGCAACCUGCUGUCCCGCUUCACCCGCAACGAGUUCAACCUGGAGAGCAAGAGCACCAUUGGCGUGGAGUUCGCCACCCGCAGCAUCCAGGUGGACGGCAAGACCAUCAAGGCGCAGAUCUGGGACACAGCCGGCCAGGAGCGCUACCGUGCCAUCACCUCCGCGUACUACCGCGGCGCUGUGGGUGCCCUGCUUGUGUACGACAUCGCCAAGCACCUGACCUAUGAGAACGUGGAGCGCUGGCUGAAGGAGCUUCGGGACCAUGCAGACAGCAACAUUGUCAUCAUGCUGGUGGGCAACAAGAGUGACCUGCGCCACCUGCGGGCUGUGCCCACCGAUGAGGCCCGAGCCUUUGCAGAAAAGAACAACUUGUCCUUCAUUGAAACUUCGGCCUUGGAUUCCACCAACGUAGAGGAAGCCUUCAAAAACAUCCUCACAGAGAUCUACCGCAUCGUGUCACAGAAACAGAUCGCAGAUCGCGCCGCCCACGAUGAGUCCCCUGGGAACAACGUGGUGGACAUCAGCGUGCCGCCCACGACGGAUGGACAGAAGCCCAACAAGCUGCAGUGCUGCCAGAACCUGUGACCCCUGCGCCUCCAUCUGCCUCUGCCAUGGUGUCCUCCGGCCCCCUCCCUGCUGUCUCUCUGUGGCCGGCUCGCUCCAGCCCUCCCAGUGAGCUCUGCAUGGCCGGGCCAGGGCCCAGGAAGGACAGGAGCCAGUGCUACCCCCGUCCUGCCUGGGAAAAAGCUAGAAGCCCCGGUUUGCUGCACCCACCCAACUCGGGUCCCCUUGGGUGUCUUGGCUGGAUGGGGAGGGUGGCAGGAUGGACAGGGCUGGCCAGAGGUGAGGAGGACAGGCGCAUAUUGCCGGCUUCUCUCCUUUUCCUUGGCAGGAGUGAUUGCCUCCCUCCCUCUGUGGCUGGGUGACCCAGCCAGCCCAUCAUCCCCACCCAGAACCCUGCUCCAGUCCAAAGCCCCAAGAACCAGGCAGCAGGGUCCAGGGCAGGCGGAAACCCCAGGCUCUCGGCACCCACCCGCUCCUCCGCGAAUAGCAGCUCGCACAGGCCUCCCACCUCUGCCUGUUGAUUGAUGCAGGGAGAAGCCCGUCACCCUCUCCCCCACCCAUCUCCUGCACGCAGCGCGCCCUCUUGGCCCUCCCACUCCCCCUUCUCUGUCUCGUUUCCCCUCUGGUCUGGAACCUGUUUGCAAGUGAAGCAAUAUCUCCAUGUUUUGUAUAUACAACCGCUCUUGUAGCCUUUGGUUUUUGUUAUUGUAGAGAAACACAGAUUCUUUAUACACUUUGUAAGAUUUAUGCCAAACCCCAGCUCUCGACCUCUUCUUCUCCCUGUGGCCUCUGCACUGUUGCCCCCGUCCCUGUCCCCUUGCCCAUUACUAAAAUGUAUAAUCCAACUUCCUGUACAGAAACUUG